UUCUGUUAGUUGUUUUCUUGUUGUCGAUGUGAAUAUGUCUCUGCCGCCGGGGGAGGCUAACGGUGGAGAAGUAACAUGCAGUGAGGGACCGAGAUCAAUUCCGACACCAUUUUUGACAAAAACAUAUCAACUAGUGGACGACAAAUCAAUCGACGAAGUGAUCUCAUGGAAUGAAGAUGGAUCUAGCUUUAUUGUUUGGAAUCAAACCGAGUUUGCUAAAGAUUUGCUUCCAAAGUAUUUCAAACAUAACAAUUUCUCAAGUUUUGUUCGUCAAUUGAAUACAUAUGGAUUUCGCAAGCUAGUCCCAGAUAGAUGGGAGUUUUUCAAUGAUUGUUUCCGGAAGGGUGAAAAAGGUCUUCUUUCGGAUAUUCAGCGUCGGAAAAUAGUGGCUCAACCUCAACCGCUGCGCACUGGUUCACCGUCGAUCUCCGGUGAAGAACAAGUGAUCUCGUCGUAUUCUCCUACUCCUUUGAACUCUGGAAGUACGGCAAUUCUUAUUGACGAGAACAAGAGGCUUAGAAGAGAGAACUUGUAUCUCAAUAAGGAGCUUAGCGAACUGAAGAGUUUAUGUAACAACAUAUACGCUUUGAUGUCGAGUUACAUGUGCAGUCGGCCGGAAAGUGGUUCUCCGGCGACAAAACCGGCGCUGGAUCUGAUGCCACUAAGGAAGAGAGACAUCGACGGAGACGGUGGAGAGAAGAGUCCGAAGUUGUUCGGAGUUCCGAUUGGCGUGAAGAGAUCAAGGGAUAGUGAAGAUGAAAAGAUGGAACAGAUGGACUUGCGGUUGGUAGGAGGAGAAGUAAAAUUAGAGCCUUUGGAUCAUCGGAAUGGUUGUGGUGAUCUUAGAAGGAGAAACGUUUGGUUAAAGAAGUAUGAUCUGACGAAUGAAAGGAAUUGUAAUAGAUUAGACGGCUGA